AUGAAACUUGAGUUUGAGGAGAAAGAGAGGGCGAGGAAGCAUGAGUUGGCUAUGGCUAAAAUCAAUUUGGAAAUGGCUAGGUUAAGAGGUUCCCCAAAUCACUUUAGUACUCCCACUGGGUCCUCUCAGGAUAAAUUUAACAUAGGGGCAGCGUUGAAAUUGGUCCCAGUAUUUGACGAGCGAAACGUCCCAGAAUUUUUUAAGGCGUUUGAGCGUGUGGCUACCCGGUUGUCUUGGCCCUCAGAGAUGUGGACAGUCUUGAUUCAAUGCAGGCUGGUGGGCAAGGCAAUUCGGGUAUACAAUGCUUUAGAUGAAGGUGUAGCUAGGGACUAUAAUAAGGUUAAGGCAAUAGUUCUUAAGGCUUACGACUUGGUUCCGGAGGCCUAUCGUCUAAAGUUCCGUAAUUUUACUAAACCUGUCUCUCUCUCAUUUGUGGAAUUUGCUCGUCUCAAGGAGGAGCAGUUUGACGACUGGCUUAAGAGUCGCCAAGUAGUCUCCUUCUCCUCCUUGAGAGAGCUUAUGUUACUAGAAGAGUUUAAAAAGGCUUGUAGCAAGGAAUUAAGAAUUUAUCUUGAAGAGGUUAAAGCAGUCAGUUUGAGUAAGGCUGCCCAGAUAGCGGAUGAAUUUGUGUUGACUCAUCGGGCUGGGUCAGGUAAUCUUGGAUCUGUAGUUAAUUUUCAGCCUGGUAAGACAAAUAAUUAUCAAAAGAAAUUAGGUUGUCCGGGAGAUAAUCGUGUCCAAGGGAAUCUGCACAAGAAUAGGACUGGAGAUGCUCAGGGAGAGGGCUCAAGUGGAUCUUACACUAGAGUCUUCUCCAAAAGUAAUAAGUUAACUUCUGGUAAUGGUAAUAGAGUAAGAAGGGCCUGCUUCUGGUGCAAUGAACCAGGACAUUUUCAAGCACAGUGUAACGCCAGAAGGAGGUACCUCCAAAGAAACAAUAAUAAUCCGGUAGCUCUAAUAUCAAAUAACCCUAUGUCUAAUAAGUCUCAGGUUGAGAAUCCACCAGUGUUGAUGGCUAAUGAUGGUUGUAGCAAGGGGAAAAUGUUGGCUCUUUAUCUAGUAGGAUUUAUGACUUUAUGA